AUGGCAUCAUCUACAGCAUCCGACACCUUACACAAGGAGAAACACAUCACUUUCAUAAUAGACCAAGAAUCCAAUCGCUCCUAUGAGUAUUGGCUUAGUGAGCAUCUACGUAUGAAUGGGUUGUAUUGGGGUGUGACUGCAUUGAUCACAAUGAAGAGUCUCAAUGAUACGACACUCCCACAAGAAGACGUAAUCAAAUACGUAUUGAGCUGCUGGGACGACCGAUUUGGUGCGUUUGGCUCAUUCCCCGAGCACGAUGCUCACAUACUUUCCACGUUAUCGGCACUACAGAUUUUGAAAAUUUACGAUUCUGGUUUGUCAAUGUUGACAAAAGAUCAGAAACAGCAACUUGUCAAAUUCAUCAAGGGAUUGCAAUUGCCUAAUGGAAGUUUUCAAGGUGAUAGGUUUGGGGAGGUAGAUACACGAUUCACAUACACUGCGGUGUCCGCCCUAUCUUUGCUAGAUGAGUUAACGGUGGAUGUUGUGGACCCUGCUGUUGACUUUAUCAUGAGAUGUUUGAAUUUCGAUGGUGGGUUUGGUCUAGUUCCCGGCUCUGAAUCCCAUGCGGCACAAGCGUUUGUUUGCGUUGGUGCACUUGCAAUAAUGGAUCGAUUGAAUGUUCUUACUCACGAUUUACCUGAACGGAUUUCUAGUUGGCUAAGUGAACGUCAGGUUUUGCCAUCAGGUGGGUUUAAUGGUCGUCCAGAGAAGUUACCCGAUGUAUGUUACAGUUGGUGGGUUUUGUCAACAUUGUCUAUCCUAGGGAGAUCUCAUUGGGUGGAUUUGUAUAAAUUGGAAGGGUUCAUAUUAAGCUGCCAAGACCCCGUUUACGGAGGUAUUAGUGAUCGCCCCGAUAAUCAAACUGAUAUAUAUCAUACGUGUUUUGGAAUUACCGGAUUGAGCUUGAUUGAUCACUCCAAAUUUGACCUUGAUGAAAUCGAUCCUGUUUAUUGCAUGCCUAAAAGCGUGACUAAAGGGUUUAGAAAAUGGAAACAAGACGAGUAA